AAGGUGAGAGCAACUUAAACAAGACUCUUUUGCCUGGUGUUAUUACAAAUUGUCAUGAGAAAUGCAUUCUAUCUAAUGGUCGUACACCAAAUUCAGUUAGCCAAGUAUAGGAAGAAAGAACAAUGGUGGAUGAUACAAAUAUAGCCACAACUCCGCAAGUUAAGGCUGAUUUAUGAUGGAGGGCGGUUAGCAUUGCAUGAAUUACCAACCAGACGAACUCGUAAACAAUUUCUUUAGCACGCACCUUCAAUUUUUUUUUUCUUUGAUUCAUUCCACUCUGCAAACAAUACAGGAAAGAAAUGGAUCCCCUCAAUAACUAUUGUCAAAUACCUUUCAACAUUCUUUUGUUCUUCUUCGUCUUUUGCUUGAGUUCUGCAGAAGCCGCAUGCCCGCCAAAGAAUCCAUACUUGACUUAUCUAUUUCCCUCUCCAGCUCCAGACUGUCAACCAUCUGUUCCCCCAUCUACGCCAACUCCUCCGUCAGCAAUCCCAGCCUUAUCUCUACCAUCUUCAAAUCUUAAACCACGGCUCCGGCAAAUAUUUCCUUCAUCUCUUCAACCACCUGUGGCCUCCCCUCGGCCUCAAAACUCCGCUCCUACAGCCAGUUUUCCCUCACCAUCAUACUUGUCAUCGUUUUUCCCUCGUCCUUUUUCUGGUUCCACCAAAACAAGCCCACGGAGCAACCUCUUUAUGCAAUCACGCCAGCUGAGUGCAGCCUCAUCGCCAUCACCAGCAGCUGUGGAUCCAGCCGCUAAACAGCUAUGUAACAACACCAACUACACGGAUCUUUGCAUUUCAUCUAUUCUCCCUUUCCUUUCAGCACGAGGAAAGACAUCUAUAGAUGCCGUUACGAUGCUCCAGAUGGUGAUAAAGGCUUGCUCCAUACACGCCCAGAUGGCCCUGGCAGCUGCAUCAAAAUACUCCACGGAGCCGAACAAUGCCCACCGAACGACCAUGGCAAUCAUGGAGUGCAAGGAUAUGUAUAGUGAGGCGUUGGAUGGCCUUCAAACUGCAUUGGAUGCGAUUCCGGACAAAGACAUUGCCACUAUUAACACUAUGCUUAGCGGGGUAAUUAGUGAUGCACAGACAUGUGAGGAUGGUUUUGAAGGACAUAAAUCUCCACUUAGUGAUUUUGAUGAUAAACUUCAUAAGAUGGGCAGCAAUUGCCUUGCCAUUGCUUCUUUGAUAAAGUGGUGAUCAUAUUUAUCUUCUUCAGCUCCUUCCAUUUUGCUUCGUGCCACAGAGGAUAUUGAAAAGAUGUACAUGUAGGUUUUAUGUUAAGAAGGAAAUUUCGUUUGUAACUUGUUUGUAUGAAGAGAAACUUGGUUAUAGGAUUUCCUUGUAUAUACUUUUUAUUUUUUUUGGUCUGAGACUUGUAUAUACUUGUAUAUGAUUGGUUUGCUAUAAUAAUGUGGCACAAGUUGCGUUUUGUAA